AUGGAGACUAAACUGUACCAGGCUCCUCCGCAGGUCCGUGGUAUGACUUCUCUUGACAAAGAGGCCUUCGCUCAGACAAUCACUGUCCCAGCUCUACGGGUACCUACGCGGUUCCUCAACAAAGUGAUGAAGAGCCUGAAAAAGUCCACUAUUCAGCGCCCGGGGGUGCCCAGAGUGGUGCAGGACAAAGAGGAGAGUCCCGAUUUUCGGCUAGUGCUGUUGGACCCUCACAGAGUGUCCUCGGGAGCCUGCUUUAGCGAGGAUGAGGCGGAAGCGCUGAGGUCAUUUGACGUCUCCCAGGAGCUGCAGCAAUAUGACUUGAAGUUGACCUACGACAAUCUGAAAAGUGAGGAGGUUCUGGAGGCUGUGCUGCCUCAAGGGCAGGACGUUACGUCAGCUUUCAGCCGAGUUGGACACAUCGCACACAUGAACCUCAGGGAUCACCAGCUCCCAUACAGGAACCUCAUUGGUAAAGUUAUCAUGGACAAGAACCCUGGUGUAACAUGUGUAGUCAAUAAGACGAAUAUUAUUGACUCGACUUAUCGUAACUUCAAAAUGGAAGUGCUGGCUGGAGAAGAGAACAUGGUUGCCAAGGUGAAAGAAAACGGGGCAACGUACGAGUUUGAUUUCUCUCGCGUGUACUGGAACCCAAGGCUGAGCACAGAACACCAGCGUGUUGUGGAUUUAGUCAAGCGGGGCGACACAGUGUUUGACGUGUUCGCCGGCGUGGGACCCUUCGCCAUCCCGGCAGCCCGUGCAGGCGCCGCUGUCUUCGCCAAUGACCUGAACCCGGAGUCUUACAGGUGGCUGCAGCACAACAGUAGAGUUAACAAGGUGGAAGGCAAAGUGAAAACCUCCAAUCUGGAUGGCCGAGCCUUCAUCCGAGGGCCGCUCAAGCAAGAGCUCCCCGCGCUGAUUAAAGAAAAACCUAGAGUGCACGUGGUGAUGAACCUGCCGGCUUUGGCUUUGGAGUUCCUGGAUUCCUUCAGAGGCCUUCUGCAUCAGGAAUCUCCCUGCGACCUCAACCUCCCAACAGUACACUGUUACGGCUUCUCAAAAGAUGAAAAGCCAGAGAGAGACAUGGUUGAAAGGGCAUCUCUCGCCUUGGGCUUCACUUUAAAGGACCACUACUCUGUGCAUUUUGUCCGCAAUGUGGCACCCAACAAAGAUAUGUUGUGUGUGAGCUUCACUCUCCCUGAAGAAGUCCUAUUCCGCCAGCGUGACGAACAGACGGAGUCGUCAGAGGAACCCGCACCCAAGAGGCAGAAAUGUGAAACAGCAGAUUCAUCAUAA